AUGGUUGCACAGUCACAAGAGAAAAUUGCAAGUGUAUGUCCAUGGGAGAGCCAAGAAAAGUUGCCAAGUCAAGAAGCAACUUAUGCAAAUGUUUGCCCAUGGGAAACUGAAGAAAGUGUGAAACUUAACAUUGUACAAAAACAAGAUAGCAGUAGUAGAGGCAAUAUUUGUCCUUGGGAUACUCAAGAUGCAAAAGUUUUUAAAAAGCAAGACAGUUCUAAUCGUGCUAAUGUAUGUCCUUGGGAAACUGAAGAACCAAGUAUAGUUAAACAAGAUAGUGGUGGAAGUAAAGACACAAGGAUGGUGAAAAAGCAAGAUAGUACCACUAGCAGUAGAGUUGAUGUUUGUCCGUGGGAGGUACAGGAGCCCAAAGUGGUCAAAAAGCAAGAAAGCGUUAGAGCUGAUGUAUGUCCAUGGGAGGAGGAAGAGUCUCAAGAACCCAAAGACGUCAAAAAACAGGAUAGUAGAGCUGCUGUAUGUCCAUGGGAAAGUGAAGAACCGCAAGUUGUCAAGAAGCAAGACAAUAGUAGGGCUGAAGUAUGCCCGUGGGAAAGUGAAGAACCACAAGUGCUCAAAAAACAAGAAAGUGGUGCUAGAUCUGAUGUUUGUCCAUGGGAAAGUGAAGAUCCAAAAAUUGUCAAAAAGCAAGACAGUGGUAGCCGGACAGUUUGUCCAUGGGAAAGUGAGGAACCAAAAGUACUUAAAAAACAAGAAAGUAGUAGUAGUGCUAGGGGCGAAGUUUGUCCUUGGGAAAUACAAGAUUCUGAAGUGAAAAAGCAAGAUAGUGGUGGUCGAGUAGAUGUAUGUCCAUGGGAGAUGGAAGAACAAAUUGUAACUCCAAGAAAGGAUAGUAGUGGUGGGGAGGUGCGUUCAAGAACCCAUUCAGUAACGUCUCGGACUCUAUCUGUGAGCGACUCUCCCAAAAUUCAUGGAAGAAGUAGCACAGGGGAGGUUUCACCAGAGCAUGGAGGAGCAGAAGAAGAGGGGAAAGCGAAUCUUGCUUUGGGACGAAGAGAUGCCCUUUGUCCUUGGGACAUGAGCAGAAGUAGGUCUGGAUCCUUCACGGAUAACACGUCAGAUGUAUUCACGUGGGAGCCAGAAAAUAUACCUGAAGAGGAGGAGGAGGAAGAUGGAGAUGCAGAGUCAGCUGCAGAGGCACUUGUGUUCCCACCUGAUUUGUGA